CCGAGCAUCUGCUCAUAUCAUCAAUACCCACAGAGCCUUCAAUCGUAGUACAUCUUUGAAUUGAUAGCUGAACAGUUCUCAACGUUUGUAUAAGAGAAUUCGGAAUACAGCCUCGCCAAUGCAGACCCACACUGAACGUCACACUUGUUGGUCUGAAGAAUUGCAUAGCGAUUCUUCCAGCCCCUUCGUUCGACCAUCUCCUCGCAAGCACCCGCAUCCUCAUCCGUGUUCUGCAUCUACGGACACGGGCUCCCCUCCAAGGACACGCACUUGGAAGGCUUAUUGGACAAGGAGCAGCAAACGAUACCUUCCCCUAGAUUCACCCGUAUUCUGCAAGAGGCGUAAGGAUGGAUGCAUCUAUCCCUAACUUCGUUUUCUAUGGUGCUGAGCAUAAUACAAUGGAUGACGAUGAUUGGUUCGCAGCGAUGUUCAUGCUCCUACUUGAAAUUGAUGACACAUUUGAUGAAGCACCUGCAAUUGAGAGGAUACCUCAGCGCACUUCGGCACUCCAGGGUGCCGCAUUUGUGCAAGAAGUGCUAGUUGGUCACCCAGGUACUUGCUAUGAGCUGUUUCGCAUGCAAAGGGACACUUUUGUCUCAUUAACAAAUGUUUUGAGGGCGAACUACCUAGAAGAUAGUCAGUCACUGAGAGUGGAAGAAUCACUGGCCAUCUUUUGCCUAAUAGUUGGCCAUCGACAAGGGAUGAGGGUUGUAGCGGACAGGUUCCAGCACUCCACUGAGACAAUUUCACGCCAUUUCAAGCAUGUGAUGAGGGCAUUAUGCAACUUGGGAAAGACCCUUAUAAGGCCUAGGCAGCUCGACGGAGUCCACCCAUACAUACAGGGUAAUCCAAAAUACUUUCCAUGGUUUAAGGAUUGUGUGGAGGCCAUUGAUGGUACCCAUAUUCAAGCUUGGGUUCCGGCGAAAAAACAAAAUGCAUUUCGAGGACGAAAGGCAGUCGUGUCCCAAAAUGUAGUGUGUGCUUGUGACUUCGACAUGAUGUUCACAUUCGUGUAUAGCGGGUGGGAGAGGACAGCCAAUGACUCAAGGGUCUUCUACAAUGCCGUAACUAGACUUGAAAAUGAAUUUCCUACACCACCAGAAGGUCACUAUUACUUAGUUGACUCUGGGUUCCCAUGCGCAAAAGGAUACCUCCCCCCCUGUCGCGGAGAAAGAUAUUAUUUGCAAGAUUUUAGAAAUGGUGGUGACCCUCAAGGGUUCAAAGAAUUGUUCAAUUACCAUCAUUCCUCACUUCGUAUGGUAAUUGAACGCUGCUUUGGAGUGCUGAAAAGGCGUUUUCAUGUGCUAAAUGGCAUGCCCAAGUACAAAGUGUGUCACCAGCCCCUUAUAGUCAAUGCAUGUUGCACACUGCACAACUUUAUCCGCCAGGCUAGCCGUGAUGAUAUGUUCUUUGAACAUACCUUUCCUGUGAAUCUUGGCAAUGGUGCUGAUUACAACAACCCCUACGACUUCUCUGAUGAAGCUGCUUUGAUCAUGGCAAACACUAGGGACCAGAUUGCGCAGUUGAUGUGGGAUAAUAUCCACCCGCCGAACUGA